GGCGGAGGAAGUGGCCCGGGGAGGCCGGAAGCGGCUCCGACGCGGGGCUGGCGGAGCGGGGCGGGGCGCUGGCCGACACAGAGCACUCAACCCAACUGCUGCAGUAGAGAGAGAUCUGUGCCACCAUGGCUAGAAGAGGGAUUUAACCCUUGCAAAAAGAAGUGUUAGCCCAGGAAGUAGCAGUUGUUCUGCAUUGGGUCCUCCCAGGUAACUUCAAAUAGGCAUUGCCGAUGGAUGAACUGGUGCAUGACUUGGCCUCAGCUUUAGAGCAGACUUCAGAGCAGAACAAACUGGACGAGCUAUGGGAAGAGAUGGCCCUAAGCCCACGUCAUCAGCGGCGUCAGCUUCGCAAGAGACGGGGUCGUAAACGACGCUCAGACUUCACACAUCAGGCAGAACAUGCCUGCUGCUACAGUGAGGCCUCAGAGUCGAGCUUGGACGAAGCUGUCAAGGAUUGCCGUGAGGUGCUGACAGCAAAUUUCAGUGACUCUGAUGACACGACAGUGGUCAAGCGGCAUCCAGCUCUUAGUGCCACCCUGAGGAGCAAGCAACACUUGUGGCAUGAGUCAGACUCCUUUACAGAGAAUGCACCCUGUCGACCUCUCAGGCGCCGACGGAAAGUCAAACGUGUGACAUCAGAGGUAGCUGCCAGUCUCCAGCAAAAGCUCAGGGUGUCAGAGUGGAACUAUGAGAGGGGCUGCAGGUUCAAGUCAGCCAAGAAACAGCGUCUUUCACGCUGGAAAGAGAAUGCCCCUUGGACAUCAUCCAGUCAUGGCCUUUGCGACUCAGGAGAGAACAGGCCCUUCCUCAGCAACGGGGGAAGGAAGGAGCGGAUGGAGUGUGAAGCCGAUGAUCAGAAACAGGGUUCAGAUGAAAACAUGUCGGAAUGUGAAACCAGCAGUGUUUGCAGCAGCAGUGAUACUGGCCUGUUUACCAAUGAUGAAGGCCGCCAAGGAGAUGAUGAGCAGAGUGAUUGGUUUUAUGAAGGAGAGUGUGUUCCAGGAUUCACUGUCCCAAACCUUCUUCCCAAGUGGGGAGCUGAUCACCGAUCUGAAGUGGAGAGGAUUGACUCAGGCCUGGACAAGCUCUCUGUUUCCACCUUCCUUUUGCCCUCACAGCCAGCCCAGAGAGGAUUUCAUGCUCGCCUGAAUCGCCUUCCAGGAGCUGCUGCCCGUUGUCUCCGUAAAGGUCGGAGAAGGCUGGUUGGCAAGGAGACCUCCAUGAGCACUCUGGGCACCGAGAGGCUAGGUCAUAUUGUUAGUGAUCCGCGCCAGAAAGAUUUUUGGUUACCAUCCAUGGGGAAGAGAGAUCGCAACCAGUUCAAUCCAUUAUCUCCUCUGUACUCUCUGGAUGUGCUUGCUGAUGCUUCCCACCGAAGAUGCUCACCAGCACACUGCACUGCCAGGCAAGCAAAUGUCCACCUGGGACCACCAUGUUCAAGGGACAUCAAGAGGAAACGAAAGCCAGCUGCAGCCUCCAUAUCUAGCCCAACAUCAGCAACGUUAUCUGUCCACAUGGAUGCGGCAGAAUCAGAGCUACCAGCAACACCUUCCUUGAGAUCCCAGAACUCUGAGUGGACUGAGAAAACACCAGCAGCUGAGAAAUCUACUAUUGCUGCCUCCAGUAACUUUUUUAAAAUGCCGCCAGAGAAGAACCCUGGGUACAGCUAAAAGGAAGCAUUGCAACUGUAAAGGCUUGCUCGAUUUUGCAAGUGUUUGAUUCUGGUGUUUAUUUGCACCGAACAUCAUGUUUGGCAGUAGUGGUAUCUCCAGUAUUGGUGCGUGAUGCGUGCCAUCAUCCAGGCUGGUCUGUGUGCCUCACACACCUAAUCAUCUUUGUAAAUCUAUGUUUAAAGAAAAGGUAAUCAGUGUUGGGACUGCAGUGGCUUUUAGAAAUUUUCCUGCUAUUACUGUAUUUAUUAUGAAUUCAUCUCUUUCUCUGAUUCCAGCUCAUAUGUAGUAGGUCAUGUACAGGUUCUUCUGGGUUUUCAUAUCUUUCUUCACCCACUGGACAUGUUGCUUGUUUAUGUAUUUGGCAUUUUCAUGGUGAAAGUCCCACUGCCAUUCAAGGAGGCAGGAGUUUCCCUCUGCUUGCUUCCAGACCAGAAGGAUGUCUUGGCUGGGGAAUGAAGAGGGAAUAUUAACGCAUUGAAACAUGAAACCUGAAUCUUGUAUUAGCAGAAUGUUUUCUGGGCAUGUGCUGAUGGAUUCAAAUCAUGUUGCUUCUGGUAAAGCAAAUAUGGUGCUUGUCUAUGUAGAAAUUGCCAUUAGCUCACUGGCAGCACUGUCCAUUUGACCUUUUCCUUCUCCCUCGUUCUGAAUGUCCUCAGUCUUUAUUGUGUACUGCAUGUUCAUUCCUACUGGAUAAGGAUUUGGGAGAACUACUUGGACAUAAAUGUGCAAGCUGGUGUCCUAGAUAGAAAGCUGGACCCUUGAAUAUUGUUGCAGUAUGGUAGAAGAUUAUACAAAACAUACAUAUCUGAGUGUAUAAAUUAAAAAAUAUCCGUUAGUGUUUCUAAACGAUGCUUGUUGAAGUUGACAUGCCAUUGAACAAAAAAAAGCCAUUUUAAGUGUCAUCUGAGUUCAGAAUGUUACAGGUAUAGAUCAGACUCCUGAAUCAUGCUUCCUCUCCUUUCAGAAGUAUUGUCUGCUGUACCGACUGGAGAUGAUUGCACAUUAUACUGCAGUGUACACUAAAGAGAUUCUCUUCACAGAACUUCAACUUGGUCUGCUGUUGCCUUCUGUGUUGCAGAAUAUAUGGACUUAUCUUGGGCUGUGUUUUCAGAAUAUGUACCUGUAUAGCAUGUACAAAGGAAAGGUGGCCUCACAGCUUCCUGAGUCCUCUAAAUCCUGUUUGUAUGAAUAGAACUUUUUCCUUUCCUCAUGUGGAGCUUUCAGACAGGACUGUUUAAACUUGUAAAGUCUGUUUUGAUUGUGGCAGUGCAUCUAGCACUCUCAAGCAGACAGCAAAAUUUGCGUGAUUUUACUGAUUCUGCAGUGUUCGGUUCUCUUAUGAAUCAAAUGACAGAGUGAUAGAUUUGAUUGGGGGAAUAUGAAGCAAUGAUUUAUAUAAGCUGUGUAUUAAAAGGGGAAAUGAUCAUAAUAUAGACGAAACAGAAACUGAAUGACUUGCUAAAUCAUGAUUGACAAAUAUAGGUAGUUAUAGGACAUGCACACUGUGUCUGAUCCCUAAUACCUACUUAUUCUCGGGGAGACAUCCAAAUUGGAUUUAUAUUUUGCAGCACAAGCAAACUCAGAUCUGUCACUAUAAAUCCUUCUCAAACUUUUUUUUUUUUCUUAAUUUGUGUAGUACAUUUUAGAAGUAAUUAUAACAGGGAAACCCUUUUUUACCUUAAUGGAGGAAUACAGAAGUCCGUUUGGAUUACCGGACAAACUGUAACAAUUUAUAAAGGAAGAAGUGUUCCUUUUUUAAAGUUGUCAUGGCUUUGUCUUAUUUAUAGCUAUUUUGAACAAUGAUGCCUAAGGGGUAACACAGGAUGCUUCAGCACUGGAAGGCCUGCAAUCUAAAACAUCUGAAGAGAAGGUAAACCUGAAAAGUGGUAGUUUGACUAUCUAGUACUCAUGAAUACAGUGAAUGGGGAAGGUGAUAAUGUUCUCCUGACAACUUGCAGAUAAAAUUUAGGAUUUGAAGCCUUGUAAUCUAAACUGCAUGCUGUUCUAAUGAUAAGGAGUGGUGCCCUAAAAGAGGAUUUGUGAAAUUGACUUGUUUUGAUCAUGUGGAGUAUCCUCCACAACCUCUCUGAAUUUGAGUCUGUUCAACAGACUUACUCAGAUUACUGACCGUUCAGCUUUAUACAGUAAAUACAAUUUAUUUUAUUUAUGUACAAUUUUUAGCCAUUGUAUUCCCUUUUUAAAAUCAAUUGUGAUAUAUCUUGCUACAUUGUGAGUAUUCUGAGUAUUGUCCAAAUAGUUUUCUCUCUUCUGUGAUGUCAGGAUGCUUUAAAAGCUUUUUCAAGAAAGGUGUUAGGGAAUCAAGAGCCUUCAUCUCAUAGUGGUGGUAGAGGGGUGGGUUGCAGUGUUUCAGGUGAUUUUUCUCUGAGUGCAGGGAAGAAUUUAUCAUAUUUCCCUAUUGAGGUCAGUAGCAGUAUUAUCUGGUUAAGCCCUUACUUAGGUUGUUAACUCCUAAGAGGUAUUUCUUGCCUUUAAAGGCAGACUGUAACCGUGGCAGUACUGAAGUACAACUGUGGGAGUGUCUUGACAAGCCAUACUUCCUGCUAUGGCAACUUUGUGGAAGUUCCAGGAGACUCCAAUUAUUGCAACUGCCCUGUCUUUCCUAUUUCUAGGUUAGAAUCCAUUUACAAGUCAGUCAGAUUCUCAACCAAAUUUGAUUCUACUGAGUGGUAGGCAAGCUAAAUGUAUCGUGUAUCUUGCUACUCCAGGGUAUUUAUCAAAAUAUAUCUUCAGACUUGAUACAGAUACCUUGUACCUUGAUACAGAUUUUAGUAUCUACAGCAUUCUUAGAUGAAUAAAAUCCAUUGUUUUGCCUCUUUUUUUCAUCUAAGGCAGAUAUCUUAGAACUCACUCUGCUCACACAGUCCUCAGUGUGAAAGAUACUGAUUCCCACAUGGAUUGCUUGAGUAGAAAGGAGUAAUAACAUGCCUUGAUUUAGUAGCUGUGCUUCUGCAAAGAUGGUCCAGUAUGUGAUUAUUGCUUCAAAGAUAUGCAGGUCACCCCUAUUCUACUUUUUGUCCACCAGGACUCCCCAGCCUUAUUUCAGUUUUGUCUUCCCUCUUGUUGUCUUUCUCCUUGGCCUUAUGGGACACUUCUACUUCGCAGACAGGACCUGGGAAUACCAUACUAUUGUGACAAGCAAGUCUGGGAAGUUCCUGAAGUAUGUUGAAGAUAAUUUGUAGUCACAAGUAUUCAGCCAACUAGGAAAGAUCCCCUCCUAAACCUGUUAUUUGUUAAUAAAGAAAGACUUUUGAGAGGUAUGAUGGUAGGUGGUUGCCUUUGCCACAGGAUCAUGAAAUGGGUAAUUUUAAAAUUUUUGAUAUAAUGAAGAAAGCUAUCAGCAAGGUUUCUACCCUGAAUUUCAACAGAGCUAACUUUAGGAAACUCAGUGAGCUAGUUACUAGUGUGUUGUUCCUUGAGUCUGGUCAGUUUUUAGGAAUCACCUUUUAAAAGCACAAGAGCAGGUGAUCUCUCUGUGUUGAAAGUCGAACAAGCCAUGCAGAUGACCAGCUUAACAGGGAAGUCCUCUUGACUCUCAGAAAGAGAAAGAUUGUAUGAUCUCCGGAAGCAAGGUUAAGCUUCUCAGAAAAAUUACAGUGCUGUAGUUCACAUAUGCAGGGAGAAGAUAUGAAAGACCAAAACUUAGAGUUGAAACUGGCCAGUGUUAUGUCAGACAACCAAGGCUUUUUGAAGUACAUAAAUAGCAAGAAGAGGUCUAAGGAAAACAUUGGACUGAUAUUUGUUGUAGAUGAUCACCAGAAAAAUUGGACUGAAGACAAAGUGGGGGCAUUCAGUACUUUUUUUGCCUUGGUCUCAUUAUAAUACUGACAUACCUUGGGCUGCCCUGUCUUCUGAUUUGGAGGACCAUUACUGUGGGAAUAGUGACUUUGUGUAAUGGAGACUGUAAAGGACCAGUUGAAUGUUUGUAAGUCUAUGAGGCCAAGUAGGAUUAAUCCCAGAAUACUGAAGGAGUUAGUGGUUAUUGUAGCAUGACCUCUCUGAAUCUCUACUGAAGAUUUUGGGAGUCUGGGAAAGGCCCAUGCUGACUGGAAGCUACUCAACAUUAUUCUAGUUUACAAGAAGGGCAUGACAUGAGACCAAAGAAACACAGACCUGCUAAUCUAGCCCCAGUACCUAGAAAAAUUUUAGAGGAGAUCAUACUGAGUGCUACUGAAAGGCAUUUCAAGUCCUUUAAAUCAUAGAAUCAUAGAAUAUCCUGAGUUGGAAGGGACCCACAGGGAUCAUCAAGUCCAACCAAACAGGUCCAGUGAGGGAUGUGGUGGUUGGUGGCUGUCUUGGGCAUAGGGACCAUGAAAUGUUAGAGUUUUCAAUUCUGGGUGAAGUAAGGUAGGGCACCAGCAGAAUUUCCACCAUGGACUUGCAGUGGACAGACUUUGGGAGUCAGUCCCAAAGGAAUCUAGGAAGGCUGGUUGUGCUUUAAAAAGGAAUUAUUAAAUACAUUGAGGAGCAGAACCAUCUUCUUAGUCCUCCUUUGGAUGCUCCCUAAUAGCUUUAUAUCCUUAAUGCCAAGUUUGGUAAGUACUGGAGAAGACUGAAUUAAAAGAAUGUAGUUUCUGACAUGAUGGAUUUAUGAUUUUAAGGUAGAUAACAAGUGGAGAAAGCAGCAAAACAGGACCCGGAGAGAAACUUGUUAGAGGUUGGGACUAGUGCUACUGAAUGAUAGAUUAGCUUUGUGAUUGGGGUAUGCAGAGGUGUGUCUUGCCAGCAUCAUUCUUGAAUAAUGACAUUGAGUAGGUUAGUGCUGUCCUUCAAACUGUAGCUGCUCUUGCUGUUGUUUUGUGGAUAUUGCGGAGAUUUGUUUAGUGGGCUGAGGAUGAGAAGGGAAACUGUAGGAAGGGCAACAAGAAGCAUGAAGGAGUGCCUUUUCUAUUGUAACCCCUUCUGUGCUUAAGAAGGAAGAUGCUACAAAAAGCAAUGUAUGUACCUAGAUAUUGAAAAGAAAUUAUGUGAAGUGGAUAAGAACUUUGCUUUGUUGUCUUGAGUUUGUAACCAGAUAAUUUUUCAGUAAAGCAAAAGUGAAGGAUGCUACAUUUGUUCAGAAAAUGUAUUUUAAUGGUCUGUUAGGAGACUGUCAAAGGAAGAUGAACUUCUGUUCUCAUUGGGAUACUUCAUUUUUGUGUCUUUGUUUCUUGUGUUCUGUUCCAGUUUGUGUUUUGUGAUUGCAACAUCCUUUUGUACCAUAAAAUGCAGGAAAAGUACUUUACAGUAAUGCUUCUUAAGGCAUGAAGCAUAAGGGGACACUUGCUAUACAGGAAGUAAAACAAGAUUAUCUUAGGCCAUUAACUUUACCCAGUACAAGGCUUGAACUCAGCACAGAGGACAUAAUGGCUUAAUUAUACCAAAGCAUCUCUUUCUAAGAGAGGGAAUAGUGCCACAGGCAAGUGCAGGGAGACUAAACUGGCACCAGUGUCUUGAGACCCACGUGUGGCUGGGCCUCAGUCACCUGACAUAAUACAGAUUUACAUUGUAGAGACAGAAGGAACUUUCAACAUAACUCUCAACUUCAUUGUGGCUAGAAUGCCUUCCCAUGCAAAUGGGGAUGUCACUGUGAGUCCAGUCAGCUGAAAAAAUGUGCCCACUGGCAUACUAUGUAAAGAGAAUUCUUGUACCAACUUAAAAAAUUGGUGAAACUGGAAAAUGGACUGGUCAGCGUGUUAUAUCAGAGAAAGAUGCAAAAUAUAUAUAUAUAUAUAUAUACAUAUAUAUAUAUAUAUAUUUGCAGACAAUAAUCAAGAAAAGUAUUGCUGAGCCCUGUGUGUUAUGAGCUAGAGUAUUCAAUGUCCUAAAGCAGAGAAGCCAGUUUUAUGAGGAUGAUCAGGGUUUUGCAAAGCUGCCAUCUCGUCCUUGUAAACUCUGAAGGAACUGGGAUGAACAGCAUAAAAAAUGCUGUACUGUGUCAGACCAAAGGUGUGCUAGUCUUGGUAGUCUGUCUCUCACAGUGACCUAGUUUGCCUGCCUAGGGGUACUGUAAAGAUAAAGCAGUAAUAGAGUGAUACUUUUUUUUAGUGUUCUCUUAGCCCAGCGUCCUGCCUCAGAAAGAGGUACAAACUUUCUUUGGGGCUGGAGAAAACAUUUUUGAACUUUUGGUUGUAGUAUUUAGCUUGCAAUGGGAUUUAAAUAUAUUUUUACAAGGACACAUCCUGAUGAUGAAAACAUCAAGUAAGGAUUAGUAUAUCUUUGUUUGUAAUCAGUUUUCUUAUUGAUUACUGUUUUUAUAAGUAAAUAGUAUCUUCUCUUGGAAUAUUUUUUUCCUAAUAUCAACAUCCUGACAUUGUUUCUUACCAUGCUUUUUUUUCCAGCAAGGUUGAAAAUUUUUGUUCUUUCUUUACAAUGAGGCUUUUUUGCCAUGUAUUUAUAUGCCCAGUUAACAAGUCCCAUGUACUCCACUAACCCAUAUAAAUCAUUUUUCAUAAGCAUCAUACUGUAAAACUUGUCAUUUAAUUGUGCUCCUGCAUGAAAAUUCCCAGUAUUCCACAUCCAUAUGCAUUCAGUUUUAGUGUCCAUACUUAAAGUAUUCUUCAGAGUUACAGAGUAACUGUUAAGAGUCAUUUAUGGUACUCCUCAAAGAGUGUUCUAAUAUUGCUAUUCAGGCUUCAUAUACUCAUAUAGCCAAAUAUGCUGCUAGGCUUUGCUGCCCAAACAAUGCUGUAACACUAUCAUAGGAGGUGGUAUUCAGGCAGUUGAAUUUAAAGUUCUUACUACUGCUUUUCAAUGUACAAUGUCCUAUAAAGUAAGAUUUUUUUUUAUUAAAAAAAUUGUUGCAUUUCCUUUAGCAGUAUUAUAGUGCAAUUUUGUACCAACCAUUUUUAUAGUUUGCAAUACUUAAGAGCUCAGUCUGUUUAGUUUUAUCAGAAGAUCAGAGGUGUCAUGCCUGUGUGGUAGAAAACCCUUUGUGGCAUUGGAAAUUCUAAGUAGUAAAGCAUCUUUUGUCUUGCAGAUGGGCAUAUAAAUGAACUUGGACCUAAAACGUAGGUUGCUUAUAUUGGUGCAUGUGAGAUUUCAUUGCUGGAGGCAUUUCUAAGAGUGCCAUGAUCUGAGACUGGUCUGGCCUGACCAGAGUCCUUGGGCACUGCUGAAGUCCUUGAGUUUUCCCUCAGGUUUUGACAACACCAGAUAGUGAGCAAAGCUACCAUCAGUUGCAUUUUAGCUUCCUCCUGUCAAAGAGGGCUCUCCUAGAGAUAGCUCACAAAAAGGUCUACUCAAAGUCUAUCAAGAGCUACCUUGUGCAUGUCCCAAAUAUUUAAUGAGGUCAUAAGAUUUAAUUGUUUGAUAGGGGUUGGAGUCUGGGUUCUUGGUACUCUAUUUUAAGGUUAACAUGUAAAUAAGAAAGAUUCCUGCUUGUAUUCCUCUGUUUUAAAUAAGAUGUGUAUUCUCUGAAUGAGGCUCUUGCAGAAUCUCUGUUCUGAUUAUAGAAACUGGAAAUAAAUCAAUAUAUGAAAGAUGUGUUUUAUCUGAUAUAAAGUGAACUGAGUUGAGAGUGGGGGAAGAGAGGUUUUGCUGACAUCUGACUAGAUUUACAGUAUUGGGCUCUCCAUUAAUCUGCAUGCUUCCUUGACCGUUUCCAUAAGUAUAAAGUAUAAACUGUAAUCUGAAGGUCUGUAGGGAGUUACUAUGCUUUUCUUGCUUUGAAUUGCAAACCUCAGUGAAGGAUUUGAGGUAAUUUAUCAUGUCCAUUCUUUAGAGUUUUUUUGUAAUUAUUUUGUUUCCCAGUUUGUCAGGACAUUGUCUCUAGACAAGUGAGAUGCUCCCUGUUUGGAAUUUGAAACAAUUCCAGAGUUUCUUAAGUAGCCUUUCAUUUCUAAGACACUGCUUCAGAUCUGCCCCGUCCCAAAUGGGAUGUCAUUUAAAUGAGCAGAUCAGUUUCAAUUGAUAGUUUAAUGGAUAUCAAUUCAUUUUGCCAGCACUAACAUCCUUUUAAGAUAGAUUGGCAUAAUUCUAUUUUACCAUGAUAACAGUGACUUCAAAGAUUAAAUGAACAGAGGACUUCUCAUUUUCUUUUGCCUAUGCUUGUAUCCCACUAAUAAUAGCUAUGCAUAUUUGUGGUAGGAGCAACACAGGAAUCCUUCUACCUGAACUGUUCCAAUGAAUAAACUGUAAAAAUUAGAUCCCAAGUGGACUAAAUGUUUUUAAACAAAAAGAUCAAGAUCCUUUGGAAAUGGCUUCAAGUUUUUAACACCAUAUUUGGAGUAGAGGGUUGUCUACAAGCUGCAUGUGUGAGAACUGGGAAAUGUUCCCUGUGAAAUAUGCUGAUUUUUGUUAGGUAUAAGUAGUUGGAACAAGGAGCAAUAGAUUGUCUUAUAGGAAGGGCUCAGAUAUGGCAAACUACUGGUAAUGUCAAAAAUUUCAGAUGUCUAAAAAUUAGCUGUUUCAGUCUUACACCUACAUACAAUUUUGUAAUUUUAAAAUUUUGAGUAAUGAAGCAUUUAAUCUGAUAAUUAUGUUCAUUUCUAUUUAAAAAGGAAAAGGUGAAUGGUGCUUUUUUACAUGUCCUUAAUUUUAUAUCCUGAGAAUUUUCUCAGUUCAGUUUGAAUAACUGGUGGUAAGCUUGAUAACAGGGCUGACUAUGAUAGCAUUUAUCAAUUUUGAUAUUUUUCAAACCAUGAGCCUUUAUUUGUGCUUUUCCAGCCCAUAAAAAUCAACUGAAACUACAGAUGAAUGCAAAUCGACUUGCUAUAUAUUAAUGGAGAACUUGCCACAUGUAAAUAAAAGGGCAUUUCAAAACUGGAGUGCAAAUUUUGUUCUCCACUGGCAUAGAGGAAUUUCCCAUUAAGAACAGAUACUUAGUUUUUAAAUGAAAUAUAGGGUUUCAAAGUAGUAAACUACAUUAAUUUAAUUUAUUUUUUGUGGGGGAGUUUUGGUGGGAGGUGUCUAAAUAUGAGAAUGUGAGCAGAUCUUAGGAGUUGCUGCAAUAGGGCAGAUGUAGCACACAGAGUUUUCAAAGCACACUAAAAAUUUUACUGGAAACUGGAGAAUUGUACCUAAAGAUUGGAGAAAUCUUCCUCUGAGAAGUGUCAUCGCUCACAGACUGCCUGCAGGUGCAGUGAUGGCAGACCAGUGGCUCUGAUAAACUAAUGCCAAUACUGACAAUGAUGUUUCCCUUGUAAUUUUGACACCAGCUUCCUGAGAGGUUCAGCAGUGUUGCUUUAGGGCUCUUCUUCAUCCUGCUUCACAAAAUAAUUUGCAAGUGCUUGGACUCACCUAGCCCUCCUCCAUGGGGAAACACAUGUUCCCAUUUUAAUCCAGAUGCUCCUACUGCUGAGUGUUGUAUGGUGUGUGAAAGAAGUCCUGUGUUUUCUUUCUUGCUCAUCCAGUGAACAGCAAGGGGAGCUUUCAUGAAUCUUGCUGGUCCUUUCAGAUACUGUGGAGACGGGAAGGAGGGAAUUAGACAUGCAAGGUUUGAUUCCAGGGUGGGGAGAGGGGGCCAUGAGGUGUGGCUGUUGUUCUGCACUCAAUGCCGGAGCUACCUGGAGAAGGUGACAUUUCACCCUCGUCCCACACUGAUAGGCUGCACAGCUCUAAACUAUGGGCUUCAUCUGCUUAUAUAUGUUUUUAGACAUUUCAACAAGAAUCUUCUUCAGCAACCCCACCCACCCCUCAAGUACAAAUAAAACAAACCAGAAAAUUUGUGCUCUGAUGACAAAGCUGCAAUUUGAGUGAUGCAUGUUGCUGUAAUCAGUGCCCUUCUGCAUGUGCAGUGCAAUGCAAGCAGGCACUUUCAUGAUUUGUUGUUGGGUUUGGGGGUUGUCUGUCUCAGUCUGUUCAUCUGCCCCCUUUCACACAUGGUUCCUGCCUUAGUGUAGGACAGUUGAGACUCUGAAUGUACAGCUGCUGGCUUGUUUUUUUUUUCCCCCGUAGGCUGACUUCCAGCUUUAUUUACUGGGCAGCAUCCACACUCCGCUCUGAAGAGGAGAGAUACUUGUUAGUAUCUUCAGAGUACUUCCUGCUGUGACAGCUGAGAAUGUUAAUGAACUUGUGUACUUAGCAUUUGAAUAUUAUUGUCACUGUUAUUGAAUAAGUGAGGAAUUUGAGACUGAAGCAAAGCCCAGGAAUUAUCUCUGAAUUUCAGGGGCCUCGGAUGAGAUACACAGACACUGGCAAUUUGCAGGGACUGACUUUGUACCCUUUUGUAGGUUCAAAUUACAUUUCCUACAAACUUCCUUAGCAGCUAUAAGUACUCAGAGCUUCUGCACAUCCAGCCACAAUUACUGAUGAGGUGAGGAACACUGACUCUAUUGCUGAUGUCUUUCUGUGGCUUCUCAACUAAGAGAGAGAUGGCAGCAGGCAGGCAUCUCUCCAGGGCUGAUGGUCAGUUGCUUUCAUCAUGAGAACAUGGACAGCCUCCUGCUUUGUCCUUUCUGCCAGUGGGUCUGACUCAUUUAUGCUCAUCUCCUUCAGUUCUUGCCCUUCACCUCUCUGGAGGCAUGCAUUCUGUGCUCUGGAUAAAGUUAAGAGUCUCAAAAAUAAACUGUGUAAUCAUUUGAUUUAACAUUAUUGUAAAGUGUAUGGAAUAAGGGACAACUUAGGGUGGCAGAAAAGGGAUUUCUUCCUUUUUUGAGUAUUUUUAUCUGUAACCAGAUGUAUAUAUAUCUGUGUCUAUAUAUAUAUAUAUUUAUUUAUUUAUUUUUGAGCUAGGACUUGGUAUGUAUUCACUUUGUAUUGGAGUUUCCUUAUAAAAGUAUUUUAAUUUCCCCAAA